GGAGAAAGGAGGGGAGGGGUUUGGGUUUAAAUUUCCCUAGAGCAGGAAAAAAAAAGGAAGAGGGAGGCCUGAUCUGUCCAAGCCUGGAGAGGAUCUACCUCCAUUGACCUGAAGAGUGUCCAUGGACCCCAGGUUAAGAACCCCUGGCCUAACAGUUCUUACAAAGAUCAGCUCAACUCAUUCAGAUCACAGUAAUUUAUUCUAGUUUUCUUUAUUGCAACAUAUUUCUGAGGAAGCCUGAGGAUGAAAAUGGAGGACCAGAAACACACAAGCUCCACAUUUUUGGAAGCAUCACGUGGGAUAAGAAAAGCCCCCCAUGUCCUUCAGGCUGGGAGCAUCUGGGAAUUCCUGCAAAGGAGGCCAGGAGCAACUCUGAUUAAACAAGAAUCAGGUGAGGGCUCACUGCAGGAGUGGGAAGUCCAGUGGCAGGAGUUCCUAAGGUCCGUGGAGUCCCCUCUCUCAGGGCUGGAAAUCCCACAGCUGCCUGAGCAACCCACCCCGUGGGAUGACGCAAAGGCCUUCCUGGCCUCCUUUGAACAAGUGGCUGAAGCCUGCCACUGGCCCAAAGAAGAGUGGGCAACCCGACUCCUGCCAGCCCUGAGUGGAGAAGCUGAACAGGCCUUUAGCAAGCUGAAAGUUGGAGAAAGAGAGGAUUAUGGGAAGGUGAAGGCAGCCAUCUUGCGAGGGGAUGCCAUGAGGCGGGAAAGGCAGCGGCAACACUUCAGGCGCUUUUACUACCAGGAAGCUGAAGGGCCAAGAGGGGCUUAUAUUCGGCUCCAGGAACUUUGCCAUCAGUGGCUGAAGGUCGAAAGACACUCCAAGGAGCAGAUCCUGGAGCUGCUGAUCCUGGAGCAGUUCCUAAUCAUCCUGCCACUGGAGAUCCAGAGCUGGGUGAGGGAAUGUGGCCCAGAGACCUGUUCCCAAGCAGUGGCCCUGGCUGAGGAAUUCCUGCUGAGACAACGAGAGGCCCGGAGGCAAGAAAGCCAGGUGGCAUUUGAAGAGGCAGCAGCUUCGUCAGAUGUCGAGCAGAGGCAGCUGUGCCUGGAAACCAAGCAAGAAGAUGACAGUGGAGAGGCCAGCCUCUUAGCCAAGCGGUGGAUGGCCAUGGACGAAGGAGAGGAAUAUGUGCCAGAGGAUUCUGAACUGGGGGGGCCGCGCGGGGUGUCAACUUGGAAAGUAGAGGCACACCUCUCCCAGUGUUGUGUCCACGAAACUGCCUCAGCAAGUCAGGAAAGAUUAGAGGGCCAGCCGGAAACCUACGUUGUGGAGAAAGCUGUUGAUCCCGUUCCCUGUGGGGGAAGUUACAACAAGGCCCCCAGUGAAACCACUAUCCCGACAGCAGCAGAAGUUGGUAAGAAACAGAACGUUUGCACCCCUUACAGCAAGAACACAGGCCUCCCAUUGAGAACUCGUGCAGGAGGGAAACCCCUCAAAUGCCAAGUCUGUGGGAAGUGCUUUCUCUGUAGCUCCAAGUUGGUCGUCCACCAGAGGUCCCAUGCCGGGGAAAAGCCAUAUAAGCGGUUGUACUUGUGUAGCACUCAGCACAUGUGCCCACCCAGCCUCCAGGUCGAGAGCCCGGAGCGGCCCACCGUCCUUGCCAAAAUGGCUCCUCGCAUCCGUGGGCAGCGGUGGGAAGGCAAGGAGGUGGUGGCCUUGUUGAGCAGCAUCAGAACCAGCCCCGCCCUGGCCCUGCUCAUGAGCAGCAGCUCACAGAGGGGACAGCAGCACUGGGAAAGGAUUCGGGACCAGCUCCUUGCUCAGGGCUUCCACAGGAACAUCGACCAGCUGCGGUCAAAGUGGAAGCAGCUGAAGACGGACUUUUUCGCUGCGGGCCGGCCUGCUGCGGAGGGCAAAGAGAGGCCCACCAAUAUACCCCCUUAUUUCAACCGGAUGCGGAGUCUGUGGGAUGCAGCUGGGCGCCCCCCCUUCAAAGAUCGUCACCUGCCAGCCUCUUAUCGGGCCCGAAGGCGUGAGCUGGAGAGGUGCCAAGAGGACGACGGCGAGCUGGAGGCCCAAGGUCCUUCCUGCUGACGGGUAACUGGCAUCCAGAAGUGAGAAACAACCACCCGUCGCAUCGCCUUCUGUGUGUUCCCGUGCACCAGUAGCAGAGAGAUGGAUGAGGGGGGCAUCACUGGGAGGACAAGUGACCAGCCAGGCCCUGAUCAUGGGUUUUAAGGAAGGUGAUUCUCCUGGGAAGAAACAAAAGGGAUUCUUACCCCAAACAUGGACUGCCUUUCUCCAUACUGGGGACAAAGGAGGAGAUCAUAGGAACGAAGGAAGACGCCUUCCUGAUCUCCCACAAGUUGCGCUGUCCUUUUUCAAGUGACAAAGGCCUGCCCCAUUUCUCCUACUUGAAACUCAUUCCCCACUUCUCCAGAAGCUCUUAUAUAUUGUUUAAAAAAUAACUUUUAAAAAACUGGUUUUGAAUGCAUAUCUAUUGACAUUCUAUUGGCCGUGGCUUCUGCCUGGAACUCCUUCCCACAAAGCGUCAGUGGUGCCACUGCUUUUCCUUCACCCUUCCUCAAAGCCCACCUUUUUGUGUGGAUCCUUUGGCUCACUUCAUUCUCACGCCUAAAGGCGGCUUCACAGGACUGCCGCCAAGUCCAGGAGCCGGAAACCUUUGGUUCCUUGUAAGUCAGCACUGCCAGUGGGGAUGCUGUGAGGACCUUGGUCUCCAUUGAAGGACAUUGUAGAACUGGAAAAGGACAUUGUAGAACUGGAAAAGGUGCAGAAGAGGGCAACCAAGAUGAUCAGGGGCCUCGAGCACCUUUCUUAUGAGGCAAGACGGCAACACCUGGGGCUUUUUUGUUUAAAGAAAAGACGACCGAGGGGCAACAUGAUAGAGGUCUAUAAAAUCAUGCAUGGAGUGGAGAAAGUGGAUAGAGAGAAAUGUUUCUCCCUCUCGCAUAACACAAGAACCAGAACCAGGGGUCAUCCCAUGAAAUUGCCAGGAAAUUUAGGAAGUACUGACAAAAGGAAGUACUUUUUCACACAAUGUAUGAUCAAUUUGUGGAAUUCUCUGCCACAAGAUGUGGUGACAGCCAACAGCCUGGAUGGCUUUAAGAGGGGUUUAGAUAAAUUCAUGGAGGACAGGUCUAUCAAUGGCUACUAGUCUGAGGGCUAUAGGCAACCUCCAGCCUCAGAGGCAGGAUGCCUCUAAAUACCAGUUGCAGGAAAGUAGCAGCAGGAGAGAGGGCAUGCCCUCAGCCUUUGCCUCUGGGCUCCCCAGAGGCUUGUGUGAAGAAGGAUACUGGACUAGAUGGGCCUUGGGUCUGAUCCUUUAGGGCUGUCCUUAUGUUCUUAACCCACCAAAUGCUGAUUCGUGCUCAAGGUCACUGUGACUCUACCCAGAAUCUCCACCCAAUUUCAAACGUUGGUUAUGGAAGUUGAGUGAAUCUUGGUAGAAUCUUAGGAAGUAAAGUUUGGGGACCAGCAUUUGGUGGGUGCAUGCAUGUGAUGCAUCUGCUGGGAAUGUGCACUCGCUGGGAAGCAGAGAUACAUGGUCAUGUGAAGCUGCCUAAUGUCUGUGCAAAUGAACUGAAGUCCUAUUUACCCAUGCUUCAGUUCUCUCCCCACCCCACCAAAUCUGGAGAGGAGGGCUGGUCUUGGUGGUAGCAAGCAUGAAUUGUCCCUUUGCUAAGCAGGGGCCACCUUGGUUCGCUGACUACCUGUGAGUGCUGUGAGAGAUUUCCCUUAGGGGAUGGGGUCAUAGUUCAGUGGAGGAUCAUCUGCAUGCUUGUAUGCAGAAGGUCUCAGCUUCACUCCCUGGCAUCUCUGGGUAGGGCUGGGAGAGACUCCUGCUUGAAACCUUGGAAAGCUGCUGCCAGCCAAUGUAGACAAUACUGAGCUAAAUGGACCAAUGAUCUGAUUCAGUAUAAGGCAGCUUCCUAUGUUAUGUUAUCUCCCCUGAGUUAGAACACAGGAAACUGCCAUAUGCUGAGUCAGACCAUUGGUCUAUCUAGCUCAGUACUGUCUCCCCAGACUGGCAGAGGCUUCUCCAAGGUUGCAGGCAGGAAUCUCUCUCAGCCCUGUCUUGGAGAUGCUGCCAGGGAGGGAACUUGGAACUUUCUGCUCUUCCCAGAGCGGCUCCAUCCCCUGAGGGGAAUAUCUUACAGUGCUCACACUUCUAGUCUCUCAUUCAUAUGCAACCAGGGCAGACCCUGCUUAGCUAAGGGGACAAAUCAUGCUUGUUACCACAAGACCAUCUCUCCUCUUUAAGUUAACAGGGAUGUCACAAGAACAUUUGUCCUAUAGAGAAGAUUAUAACUGCUACCUCCUUCACUGAGGACUUUUGCACAUAUUCUGGUCCUAGGGCAUGGCAUAAAAACAGAUGAUACAGUCACUUUCCUGAAGCUAAGGAGGUUUACGGCUGGUCAGUGCCUGGAUGGGAGACGUGUUUGCAACUCUCUGUAUGCUGCCUGAAUUCCAUGGUAGAAGAAAGAUGAGAUAUAAAUUAUACUACGUUUUGAAAUAUCCUCCACUAAACUCCUGUACAAUAUGAUUUUGGAGAGCGAGGGAGAGGUUCUUUUCUGCUGUUUGCGGGAAGGGUGGGUUGGCUUUUAAUAUCCUCGGAACAGGAACCCUAUCCAUGCAUUAUUAUCAAUGUGCAGGCAAUCUGUGAACAGCAGACUAUACACUACUUCAACCCUCCUGCAGAUGUUGGACUACAAGUCCCAUCAUCCCUAACUAUUGGCCACUGUGGCUGGGGAUGACUGGAGUUAUAGUCCAACAACAGCUGCGGGAGGGUGGGGGAGCUGAAGUUGUGGAACCCUGGUGUACAGUGUACACACGUACAGUUAUUCACAUGUUACAUUCAGCACAUGUACACAGUAGUGCAGGAGAUGGGCUGUGCCUAAGUUCGCUUUAAAAAUGAACACAGGUACAGUCAUCCAUAGACAAACUGUACACACGAACCACAUAAUGACUGAAUAGGGCUGGAAUGGGGAGGAAACGGAUCUAAUGUACCGCUUUGGCUGCCCCCUCUCAAAAAGGAUAUUGAAGAGCUGGGAAAUGUGCAAAAAAGACCAUCCACAAUGACCAGGAGACAGGAGCACUUUCCCUGCGUGGAAGGGUUAAUUCAUGUGAGCCUUUUUAGUUGAGUAAAAAAGGUAAAUCGGCUUUGAUACAGAUUUAUGAAACUGCAUGGUGCAGAGAAAGUGAUUAGACAGAAGUUUCUCUCUCAUCAUACUAGAUCGAGAAGGGCCAUUGUGGCUUGGGAUUAUGGGAGUUGUAGUCCAACAACAUCUGGGGACCCAAGGUUGAGCUUUCCUUUACUAGAGCUUAGGAUCAGCCAAUGAAAUUGUUUGGCUUGGGGACUCAGGACAGAUCGGAGGAAAUAAUACAGUGCAUAAUUAACCUAUGGAACUCACUGCCACAAGAUGUGGUGAUGGCCACUAGGUUUAGAGGUCAUUCACACAGUCAAAAACUGUUUUCCCUAGGUUUGGGAACCCUGUGUGCUCCCAAUUUUCGGUCGUGUGGAAGAAAGGUAGGAGGAAAAGCUACCCAGGAUUUCCUCCCACCUUGCUUCCACACAACCGAAAACUGGGAUCACACACCGCUCCCAAACCUGGGUAAAACACAGUUUUUUGACUGUGUGAAUGACCUAUUAGAUGGCUUUAAAAGGGGAUUAGACACAUUCAUGGAAGAGGGUUAUUACCCAUGAUAGCUCAAUGGAACCUCCGUGUUCAGAGGUGGUAUACCACUGAAUCCCAGUUUCGGGUGGGAAACAGCACCAGUGUGUGCGCGCGUGUGUGCUAUUGCCUUCAUGCCUUUGUUGUGGACUUCUUGAAACAUCUGACUGACCAUUUUUGGAAAUAGAAUGCAAAAUGAGAUGUACCUUCGGUCUGAUCCAGCAGGGCUCUUUUUAUGUUCUUUAUUGUGAAAACGGUGCUGGGGAUCAUAUGAGGGGGUUGUCUGUAGGGAGUGGAGAUGAAUUUGCAGGAGUGGGGGGACAGUAAGAAGAAACAGCAUGAGAGAUGGGGGAAGAGAGACCCCCAUCUCCUCACUCUUCUUCAAUUGCAUUAUUCUUACUAGAUUAGGGUAUGGAAGGAAAAUUUCGUAGAAUGUAAGAGCUGGACCUUGGAGGUCUUCUACUCCAGGGAUUCUCAACGUUGGGUCCCCAGAUGUUAUAGGACUUCAACUCUCAUAACCCCUAACCAAAGGCCACCGGGACAGAGGAUUAUGGGAGUUGAAGUCCAAUAACAUCUGGGGACCCAACGUUGAGAAUCCCUGUAAUCUAGUCCAACCCCCUGCUCAGCACAGAAAUCUGCUACAAGUGCAACAUCCCUGACCGGUGGCCAUCCAGCCUCUGUUUAGAAACCUCCAGUGAAGAAGAGCUGCACCACUGCACGAGGCAGACCCGUGUUCCACUAUCAAACAGUACCUACAGUUGGGAAGUUCCUCCAAAUGUCUAGCCUGAAUCUGCUUCCUUGUCAUUUCAACCCAUUGGUUCCAGUCCUGCCCACAUCAGCAAAAGAGAAUAAUUCUGCUCCUUUUUCUAUGAGAAAGCCCUUAAGAUAUUUGAAGACAGCAGCUGUCAUAUCUCCCCUGAGUCUUCUCUUCUCCAGGAGAAACAGAUCCAGCUCUUUCCAAAGUUCCUCGGAAGACUUGGUUUCCAUCCAGAGACCCCUCACCAUCAUGGUUGCCUCCUUCUGAACCUAUUCCAAUUUAUCGUCUCUUUUCUGAACCAAAAAUCACCAAAAAUUCUUUUCCUCCUCAAAACAACAGAGUUGAAGAGAGAGUUAAGUGCUGGUGAUCCAAUUAUUACCUAAAGCUUUUUUUAAAAGCUUUUUGUUUUGUCUUAGUUGUGUUUUAUUGUAAUUUUGUUUUUGUUUUAAUAUGCUUUAAAUUGUAUCUUUUAAUUUUACUGUUCUACUUUGCACAUUGCCCAGAGAACAAUCAUUAUGAGGGUGGCC